AUGUUCAGCAGCACCGCCAUUGCGCUGUACGGCUACGACCAGGGCAUGAUGUCCAUGGUCAACACCAACUACUCGUACCUGGCCACCAUGGGCAUCUCGGGCACCUCUCCGCUGGUCGGCAUCAUCGUGUCCGUCUACUACCUCGGCUGCACGCUCGGCGCGGUGCUCGCGUCCCGGCUCGCCGAUGUCAAAGGUCGGAAGCCCGCGAUCUUUGCCUGCCUGGCCACUUGUGUCCUGGGCAACCUGCUCAUGUUCAUCUCCGGACUGAACUUCCGAGAAGGAGGGAAGCAAGGCUGGCCGACCGAAGCAGCACUGGCAUGCAUGCUGACCGGCCGAGUCGUCCUCGGCCUCGGGGUGGGUGGCAUCGACGCCGUGAUCCCCGUGUACUCUGCCGAGCUCUCCAAGGACGGCGGCCGGGGCAAGGCCCUCGCGCAGGAGUUCCAGAUGAACAUCUUUGGCCUGCUCGUCGCCUUCGCCAUCAACCUCGGCGCCACGCUGGCCCUGGGCAAGCAGUCGCAGUGGGCGUGGCGCACGCCCAUUGUCUGCAUGCAGUUCUUCCCCGUGCUGCUCAUCUCGGCCAUCUCCCGCCUGCCCGAGUCCCCGCGGUGGCUCGUCAGCCGCGAUCGCGCCGAGGAUGCGCGCAGGGCCCUGCUCACGCUGCACGGCGGCUCGCAGCUCCAGGCGGACGACCUGCUCCAGGAGCUCCAGGCCGCGGCCGACGACGAGUCCGACGACAGCAUCGGCUACGCAGACAUGCUGCUCCCCGGCCGGUCGCAGUACCACCCGACCAUGCUCGCCGUCAACCAGGCCCUCACGGGCUACGGCGCCGUGUCCGUGUACGGCCCGCAGAUCUUCGAGCUGCUCGGCUUCUCCGUCGUCAUCGCCGAGUUCAUGACCCUGGGCAAUUUUGUGAGCUACUUUGCCAUGAUGACGGUUGCCUGGAUGACCAUUGACGUGCUGGGCCGCCGCAAGCUCAUGGUCUGGGGCUCCGCGGGCCUCGCCGGGUGUUUCCUGCUCCUCGCCCUGUUCGGCGGCCUGGCCAUGAACUCCUCCUCCUCCUCUUCGUCUUCCUCCUCCUCCUCCUCAUCAUCAUCAUCCUCCACUUCACAGGGCCUCCACGUCAACGACCUGGCCAUCGAGAUCGCCGGGUCCAUCACGCUCUUCGCGGCCACCGCCAUCUUCGGCAUCUGCUGGCUCGCCACCGUCUGGCUCAUCCCGACCGAGAUCUUCCCCUCCGCGGCCCGCGCCCGCGGCAGCGCCGUCAGCGUCACCGUCUGGGGCCUCGCCAACUUCGCCGUCACCUUGCUCACCCCGCUCCUGUUCAACAACGCAAAGUACUGGCUCUUCCUGGUAUUCGCGGGGACCAACACCUUUGCGGGCUGGUGGACCUGGAAGUUCUCCCCCGAGACGGGCGGCAGGAGCUUUGAGGAGAACCAGGAGUUCUUCGCGGCCGCUAGGGAGUACGGCGAGGGUGAGGGGGAGAACAAGGGCAGCUGGGCUGUGCAUAAAGUGGAUGGCGGCAGGUUCUUGUACUUCCCCAGGAAGAAAGAGGAUGGUGAUGGGGCUGUUGAGCAGGAGGAAGGACGCGGGAGUGCUGGCAACGGAAAAAGUAAGGGCGGCACGGCAGAUGGGGAAAGGCAACCGCUUCUGAGGUCGUCGUCCUGAGCGAAAUGCAUUCACCAGUCUCUUAGAUGCUAUUGCAUGACGGUAUUUUCUGGCAAGACUUGAUAGUCCGGAGCGAUGGACCGGAGAGACUCCGAGCAAGAUAUACAAAGGUAGCCAGCGGCAAGGGAGAUCUUGCUUCAUGCGCACAUAUCUGAUAAUCAUCCCAAAUAUAAUGCGUAGAUCAUCG